AAUAAAAAGAGUAAUUUCUACUUUAAAUUGUCGAAUAAACAUUAAAAAUGCCGCUAAAUAAAAUAUUAAUUACCGAACGUCAAGAAAUUUAGUCAAAAGUAUAAAAAUUACGUUGUUAACUCUGUUUAUUAGUAGAUCAAAUUGGUAUUUACAGCCAAGUUUCCCGUUACUCCAAAGAACAUUCCACGUCAGAAUAAUCUUUUAACACCAUUAAAAGAUGCGCAGAGCUAAAGGUUAUCAGGAUUUGGAUGAAAAUGUGGGAGACACUCGGCUAUCGUCUCCCCCAAUGCCACCCCCACAGGAAAUAGAAAUGGCAUCUGUGUCGGUGGUUCCGGAUGAUACUUUCACCGUUACGCAAGCCGUAAAUGCUUUGGGAUUUGGUUGGUUUCAAGUAAAACUUUCUUUGUAUACGGGACUAUGCUGGAUGGCUGACUCGAUGGAAAUGACAAUUUUAAGCAUUCUCUCACCAGCACUUCAUUGCGAAUGGAAUAUAAGCAAGUAUCAACAAGCAUUGACUACAACUAUAGUGUUCAUGGGAAUGAUGCUCAGUUCAACGUUUUGGGGAAAUAUUAGUGAUCGAUAUGGUAGAAAAACAGCGCUCAGUAUGUGUGGAGUUCUGUUAUUUUACUAUGGAUUGUUAAGUGCAGUAGCUCCGAACUUCCUAUGGUUACUAUUCUUGAGGGGUCUCGUAGGAUUUGCAAUAGGCUGCGUGCCCCAGUCAGUGACUCUGUAUGCAGAAUUUUUACCAACGAAACAGAGAGCAAAGUGUGUGGUUCUUCUGGAUUGUUUCUGGGCGCUCGGUGCAUGUUUAGAAGUGGCACUGGCACUGGUCGUGAUGCCCACUCUUGGAGUGCAUUGGUUACUGGCGCUGUCAACCAUACCGCUGCUCAUAUUUGCCAUUAUAUGUCCUUGGCUUCCGGAAUCGGCUCGGUUUCAUGUAGCGAGUGGUCAACCUGAUAAAGCCUUAGCUACACUUGAACAGAUCGCACAAGACAACGGUCGCCCUAUGUUACUUGGUCGGCUGGUGUGCGACGACUCGGUCGGCAUCGGUCAACGUGGACGAUUGAAACAUCUCCUUAUACCCCAGUUGAGGAAUACCAGCCUCUUACUAUGGAUUAUAUGGAUGUCGUGUGCGUUCUGCUACUACGGGCUGGUGCUGAUGACGACGGAGCUGUUCGAGAGCGACGCCGACGGCGCGGAGGAGUCGUGUGCGGCGGACUGCCGCCCGCUGCAGACCACCGACUACAUGGACCUCCUGUGGACUACUCUGGCCGAAUUUCCGGGUAUUUUCGCCACGAUAUUUAUCAUCGAGAAGUAUGGUCGGAAGAAGACAAUGGCGUCCCAGUUCGUCAUAUUCGCUAUCUGUGUCUGCGUCUUGGUUUACAAUGGAAACCGAACGUUUUUGACCUGCGUCCUGUUUCUGGCGCGGGGUAUUAUCGCGGGACUGUUUCAAGCGGCUUACGUUUACACACCUGAGGUUUAUCCAACGGCGUUAAGAUCCACCGCAGUAGGUGCUUGCAGUGGAGUCGCGAGACUCGGCGCUAUGAUCACUCCUUACGUAGCCCAGGUGCUACUGAAGAAUUCGAUAGUGAUCGCGACGGCGGUGUACUCCGCGGCGGCGCUGCUGGCGGCCGCCGCCUGCCUCGCGCUGCCCAUCGAGACCAAGGGCCGGGAGAUGAAGGACACCGUCUCGGCCGCCGGAUAACCUCCACACGACCUAUAAAUUAUUGAGAACUUUUCAUUUCUUAAAAUACUAACAAAGAAACGCCCCUUAACUACGACAAAGCCGUACAAUCUGAAACUAAUUGACACUUAAAUUUAAAAAAUCCGUAAGGGUUUAAUCUCAUUAUAAGGAAUUCUAAAAAAAACUGGACGUAAUCUCCGAGACUUCGAAAUAUUGGUUGUGAUCAUUUACUGGGAUUUGAGUAUUUCUUAAUUUCUUCAAAAUAUAAUUUCGAUCGCUAGCGACAA